AUGAGCUCCAGUGAUUCGGAUACUGCUGCGCACAGCAUGGCCGUUGCCGCGAAAGAGCUGCCGCUGCAGAAGCCAGAGGCGGAGGCAAUGGUGAUCGAUGCUGUGGAAACGGGGUCGGUGCAAGCAGUGGACUCGAACCGGCCUGAAACGUUUCUCAACAGCGAUGACCUCGAAAAAGUGACAGAGUCGCAAAUCUACCCUCAGAAACGGCUUUUUUCGAUCUUCCACACGCGUAAAAUGCCGGCCAUACCGGCGCAGGAGGACCGCACGGUAUUCCCAAUGUACCAUACCAACUGGCUCUACCGUAUCUUCUUCUGGUGGGUCUUCCCAGUCAUUCGCGUGGGCUACAAGCGUACGCUGCAACCGCUGGAUCUGUGGGUAAUGGAUCCACGCAUGUCCAUUGACGCGCUUUAUAGCGACUUUGAGGGCUACCUGGAAGGGUAUAUUCAACGCGCGCGCGCCCAGUAUGCCGCGGAUCACCCGGAGGCCUCCGAGAGUGACGUUAUCGAGAACACAGUCCUGUCGAAACACACCGUCACCCGCGCGCUGCUGUGGACCUUCAAAUGGCAGUAUUUCAUGUCGUUCAUGUGCAUGGCGCUGUCGAACGCGACUUCGGCCUUUCUGCCCAUGGUCACCAAACGGGUCAUCUCGUUUGUCGAACGCAAAGCCCUGGACGCCAACUUGAAAGUCAAUGCCGGCAUCGGCUAUGCCAUCGGUGCCAGUGUGCUCAUGUUACUCAACGCGGUUUUGUUCAACCAUUUUUUCUAUAAUUCCCAGCUUACAGGUGUCCAGGUGAAAUCUGUUCUCAUCAAGGCACUUUUGACCAAAUCCCUAAAACUGUCCGCUUACUCCAAACACAAAUUCCCCAACGGUAAAAUCACCUCGAUCAUGUCGACGGACUUGUCUCGCUUGGAAAUGGCUGUCAUUUUUCAACCGCUGUUGGGUGCUUUCUUCGUCGCUGUCACGAUUUGUAUUGUGCUCUUGAUCGUUAAUUUGGGCCCAGUUGCCUUGGUUGGUUUGGGGAUUUUCCUUGUAGCAAUGGUGGGCUCCGGAUAUGCUUUCAGAGCGUUGGUCAACGUGCGUAAAGCUACCAAUGUUUUCACCGAUGCCCGUGUCACUUUGAUUCGGGAGAUUCUCAAUAGUAUGAAAAUGAUCAAGUUUUAUGCCUGGGAGGAUGCUUACGAGAAAAAUGUGGAGGAAAUUCGUAGCAAAGAAAUCCGCAAGACUAGAAUCAUGCAGUUUACCAGAAACUUUGUGGUCGCGUUGGCCGUAUGCCUGCCCAGCAUGGCAUCUUGUGUCACUUUCUUGGUCAUGUACAAGGUGAACAACGGUGGAAGAAGCCCUGCAAACAUUUUUUCGUCUUUAUCACUUUUCCAAGUGUUGAGUAUUCAGUUCUUCUUCUUGCCCAUGGCUCUAAGUACUGCGGUUGAUGGUUCUAUCGCUUUGAAUCGUGUUCAAGAUGUCCUGGAGGCUGGGGAAGAUGAACAAGAUAUUGAGAAAGAUGCUCUACCUAUGGAUGAUGAAAAACUGGCACUCAAACUGGUAAACGCCUCGUUUGCCUGGGAAAAUUUCGAAUUCCAGGAGGCCAAGGAAAAUGCUCGCAAAAAAGCUGCCGAGCUAGAAAACGAAAAGAAGGGCAAGAAGAAAAAGAAAUCCAAGCAAAAGAUUCCGGACAAAGGUGGAGCCUUGAGCAAAGAUGAUUCCAAUUCUCUCUCAGAUGAUUCUAAGACCCCCAAAAUUUCUUUCAAUGGCUUCAACGAUCUUAAUUUCAGUAUUGCGAAAGGCGAAUUGGUUAUUGUAACAGGUUCUGUUGGUACUGGUAAAUCUUCACUGUUGAGCGCCAUGUCUGGUUUUAUGAACAAAACCAAUGGUGGUAUUUAUAAAGACGGGUCUUUAUUAUUAUGCGGAUACCCUUGGGUACAAAAUACCACUGUUAAGGACAACAUUAUAUUUGGCUCCCCUUACGAUAAGGCCAAAUAUAAGGAAGUCAUCCGUGUAUGCUCUUUACAGGCUGAUUUAGACUUGUUGCCUGCAGGCGACAAGACUGAAAUUGGUGAGCGUGGUAUCACGCUUUCCGGUGGGCAAAAAGCACGGAUCAAUUUGGCUAGAAGUGUCUACAAGGAAAGAGAUAUUUACUUGUUUGACGAUGUUUUAAGCGCCGUUGACGCCCGUGUCGGAAAACAUAUUAUGGACGAAUGUAUGCUUGGUAUGCUGGCUGGUAAAACCAGAAUUUUGGCCACACACCAGCUGAGCUUAAUUGCCAAAGCCUCUAAGGUUAUUUUCAUUGAUACCGACGGAUCGGUCGACGUUGACACUGUUGGCAAUUUGAAGCAAAGACGCCCAGGAUUUGUGAAACUAAUGGACUAUUCCAACCACUCUGAAACAGAUGAGCCUCAAGAAGGUGAUUCGGAUCAGGUAAGGCCAACAGUCGAUCGUGGUGUUAGUCAACAUGAAACUUCCGAAUUGCAAAAACAACUCAGUAAGAGGUCUCUGGGCGAGGAUAGUUCUCAAAAGGGAGCCGAUGGGCGGAUAAUGAGUACAGAAGAACGUGCAGUUAAUUCAAUCAGUCUCAAAGUUUACAAGGAAUAUAUCGCAUCUGGUGUGGGCAAAAAGGGCUUCCUGAUUUUGCCCUUGUACGUGCUGUUCUUGGCGAUUUCUACAUUCACCCUUUUGUUCACCUCAGUUUGGCUUUCCUUCUGGACAGAGUAUAAAUUCAAAGGCAGAAGUACUUCUUUUUACAUGGGAAUGUACUGUUUUUUUGUGUUUUUCAAUUAUCUCAGUACGACCAGUCAAUUUACGGUCUUAUGCUACUUAGGAUUAACAGCUUCAAAAUGGUUGAAUUUGAAAGCAGUCAAAAGGUUACUACACGCCCCAAUGUCAUUUAUUGAUACCACCCCGAUAGGGCGUAUUUUGAAUCGCUUCACCAAGGAUACCGAUACUUUAGACUCAGACUUGGUGGAAAACAUCAGGUUGUUCCUCUAUCAGUUCGCCAACAUCAUUGGUGUUAUUGUGAUGUGUAUCAUCUAUUUGCCAUGGUUUGCCAUUGCCGUUCCAUUUUUGGCCUUGGUAUUUGUUGCAGUCACCGAUCAUUACCAAAGUUCAACCCGUGAGAUCAAAAGACUAGAGGCUCUCCAAAGAUCGCAUGUAUUCAAUAACUUUAAUGAGGUUUUGGGUGGUAUGGACACGAUUCGCGCUUACAGAAGUCAAAAGAGAUUCUUGAAGAAGUCUGAUUUCAUGACUGACAGAAUGAAUGAAGCUGGUUAUUUGGUUGUUGCAUUGCAACGGUGGGUUGCGAUUGCUCUUGAUAUGAUUGCAAUGACUUUCGCCUUAAUCAUUACGCUAUUGUGUGUCACACGCCAGUUCCAUAUCUCUCCCGCAUCCGUUGGUGUUUUACUCACAUAUGUCUUACAAUUGCCCGGUUUACUGAACUCCCUAUUAAGAGCAUUAACACAGGGUGAAAACGAUAUGAAUAGUGCUGAAAGGUUGACGGCGUACGCAACUGGACUACCUCUAGAGGCAGAUUACCGUAAACCGGAAAUGACUCCCCCUCCCGAAUGGCCCACCCAUGGCGCGAUCGAAUUUGAUGAUGCAAGCUUGGCGUACAGACCUGGCCUGCCCUUGGUGUUGAAGCACGUCAACUUACAAAUUCGAGGUAAUGAGAAAAUUGGUGUAUGUGGGCGUACUGGGGCUGGUAAGUCUACAAUUAUGAGCGCAUUGUACAGAGUUUGUGAACUUCAAACAGGUAGAAUCUUGAUUGAUGGAAUCGACGUAUCCACUUUAGGUCUUUUUGACCUGCGAUCCAAGUUAUCGAUUAUCCCACAAGACCCAGUUCUUUUCAAGGGUAGUGUGCGCAAAAAUUUGGACCCCUUCGGAGAGCGCUCUGAAGAUCAAUUAUGGGACGCACUUUCGAAGAGUGGUGCCAUAGAAGCAGAUGACGCUUCUCAGGUUCGCACGCAGACGGUUGAGAACAUGGGAUCGUUGAGUAAUUUGCACAAAUUUCAUUUGAAUCAAGAAGUUGAAGAAGAUGGUAGCAACUAUUCUCUUGGUGAACGUCAACUGCUUGCCCUAGCGAGAGCACUAGUGAGACAGUCCAAAAUCCUCAUUUUGGAUGAAGCAACAUCUUCUGUGGAUUACGAAACCGACGCCCAAAUCCAGGAGCGUAUAGCUUCGUCCUUCUCUGACUGCACCAUCUUGUGCAUUGCUCAUCGUUUGAAUACUAUUUUAGACUAUGACAGGAUUCUGGUCUUAGAACAGGGUGAGGUGGCCGAGUUCGACACUCCAGCUGCCUUAUUCGAUAAAAAAGGUAUUUUCACUGAAAUGUGUGGUAGAUCUGGAAUUACCAAAGAUGACAUUAUAAAGUCUAAUGAGCUUGCUCUAGCGAAGAAAGCCCAGUAA